GAAGACAUCAAAUGAUUCUGAGGUCUAAUCAUCCUCUGAUGUCUGACUGAGCAUCAAACAGACCCAUUAACACCUUCAGGAGCCUCCAAGGUUCUGCUGGAUGCUGCUCUGAUUAAAACCGGACCAGCAGAACCCACAACUCAUCCAAAGUGACCAGAACAUGGACGGAAGCAGAGUGUCGGACUUUAGCAUCGAACGCAUCCUUUCUCCACAUCUGGGCCGAAAACUGCUGGACCCAACACAGGACGGAUACAUGCGUUUGGUACCGGGCGGGUUCAGGCUGGAAUCAACCAGCUCAUGGGUCCCUGCGCCGGUUCCUGUGCCGUUCCGGGUGCCGGGCUGUCUGCAGUACCGAGGAAUGUGCUUCGGCGAAGGGUUCUGUUCGUGCACCGCCAGGUUCCACCACGCAGAGAUCAGGUUCUGCACACAUUUCGGUCCAAACCCUUCAGAAAGUUUUAAAACAUCACAAAGCGGGGGUCCGAUCCAGUGCAGAGCGAAGGCCCGGAUGAGGACGGUGUUCACAGACUGUCAGACCAAACAGCUGGAGGCGCUGUUCGAGCUCACUGACUACCCAGGGAUGGAAUUACGGGCCGAGCUGGCCCAGAACACCGGGCUGAGCGAGGAGACGGUUCGGGUUUGGUUCAAGAACCGCCGGGCCCGGAGAAAGAGGCAUCACAGUGGGCCAAAGGUCAAAUCACCGUCACCAUGCGAGAAAAAGAACUCUCAGACAGAGGGUGGAUCAACCUGCUGCUGCUCAGUGGCACUUCAGCAGGACAGGUUCAAAGUCUGGGAUUCUUCAGCAUGAAGCUACUUGUGGUGCUAGAAAUUCCGGAUAUUAGAGGACAGUUUUCUACUUGAAUUGGAAUAACUUAUUAUUGAACACAA